AUGUCACAGAACAAGCCUCCACCACCCCCUACUGCCACUCUUGUGAUGGUGGUCUCCAGGGCUGAACAGCUAGGGGACUCUGACCAUUGUGACCACUUUAUUCCUGUUGUGGCUCUGGCAAUUCACCUUAGUCACCAGGACAGCCAAAAUGAGCAGCUCCAGCCAUGCAGUGGUUGGGGUCGGUGGCUGGGUAUCCUUCAUCUUGGGCCAGUGAUGUACUCGGCAGAAAGGACACCAAUGAUAAAGCAACAGGCUCACAUCUCAGACAUCAUAUCCAGCCUGCACAAUAACCUCAAUGUGGAAAGUGAUUCCACAUCAGAAACCAGCUUUACCGUCUCCAGAGAAGAGCCUGGGGAGCCUUCAGAUCAUCAGGUCGCACACAGACCCUUCCCCAGACAGCGAUUCCGUCAGGAGACUGGGCACCCUUCGUUGCAAAGAGAUGGCCCCAGGUCCUUUCUCUUCGAUCUACCAAAUUUUCCAGAUCUUUCCAAAGCCGAUAUCAAUGGACAGAAUCCAAAUAUUCAGGUCACCAUAGAAGUGGUCGACGGUCCUGACUCUGAAGCAGAUAAAGACCAGCAUCCAGAGAAUAAGCCCAGCUGGUCAGUCCCAUCCCCGGACUGGCGGGCCUGGUGGCAGAGGUCCUUGUCUUUGGCAAGGGUGAACAGCGGGGAUCAGGACUACAAGUACGACAGUACCUCAGAUGACACCAACUUCCUCAACCCUCCCAGGGGGUGGGACCGUCCGGCCCCAGGCCACCGGACUUUUGAAACCAAAGAGCAGCCAGAAUAUGAUUCCACGGACGGUGAGGGUGAUUGGAGUCUCUGGUCUGUCUGCAGCGUCACCUGUGGGAAUGGCAACCAGAAACGCACCCGGUCUUGUGGCUACGCGUGUACCGCAACAGAAUCGAGGACGUGUGACCGUCCAAACUGCCCAGGAAUUGAAGACACCUUCAGGACAGCUGCCACUGAAGUGAGCCUGCUUGCGGGAAGCGAGGAGUUUAAUGCCACCAAACUGUUUGAAGUUGACAUGGACAGUUGUGAGCGAUGGAUGAGCUGCAAAAGUGAGUUCUUAAAGAAGUACAUGCACAAAGUAAUGAACGACCUGCCCAGCUGCCCCUGCUUCUAUCCUACCGAAGUGGCCUACAGCACAGCAGACAUCUUUGACCACAUCAAGCAGAAGGACUUCCGCUGGAAGGACGCCAGCGGGCCCAAGGAGAAGUUGGAGAUCUACAAGCCAACGGCCCGAUACUGCAUCCGGUCCAUGCUGUCACUAGAGAGCACCACACUGGCUGCCCAGCACUGUUGCUAUGGUGACAACAUGCAGCUCAUCACCAGGGGCAAAGGGGCUGGGACGCCCAACCUCAUCAGCACUGAGUUCUCUGCAGAGCUCCAUUACAAAGUGGACAUUCUGCCCUGGAUUAUCUGCAAGGGUGACUGGAGCAGGUAUAAUGAGGCUCGGCCUCCCAACAAUGGACAGAAGUGCACAGAGAGCCCUUCAGACGAAGAUUACUUCAAGCAGUUCCAAGAGGCCAGGGAAUAUUAAGAGGCUGGGGAUAAGGUGGACAGAGAUGGGGGUGCCACCUCUGGCAUUUGUAACACAGACACGCUGCACUGGUCUACUCACCUGGAGCAGAAUCCUCGUUACCUGCAUAUGUGUAUAUUUGUAUAUACUACACGAACAUUUUCCAUAAAUUACAUGAGAGGUGUGCGCCAAGCCCAGGUGACUGCCAUCUGAAGCCACGCUUACCCUCUGAGAUGCCUACAGACUUUUUGGAUAUCCUGUUAGGACAAUGCAGGCAGGUGCAUGGGACAGCAAAGCAGCCAAAAGGACCUGGAGGGGAUAGUGGGUGGGACUCAAUUCACACCUGAUCCAGUGUUUCUAAGAGAAGCUAAGUGGGCAAGAGACUGAAGGUGUAAACGUUAUCAGCAAUUUUUAUAUAUAACUUAUUUAAUAUGAAUGUGACUUAAGUGCAAACUUUUCUCUGGAGUUGUUAUUGUGAAACUAUUUAAUCACUUCUCUGAGAAAACAGAGAGGAAGGGGCUUAGAAAAGUGGAAGAGAAAGGGAAUUUAGUAAUGAGUUCUUUUAAAAAAAAAGAAACUCAAUGGAAAUGUAGCGAAACAAACAAACAAACAAAAAAGCCACUGUAAACCAAAGGUUAUUUAGUCAUAAGGCACCUUGCUGAAGUCUCGACCAUCCAAAAUUCCCUUGCCUCAGACUGGGUCACGAUGAGUUGGAAUUGACUCAAUGGCAAGGGGCUCUUUUUUUUUUUUUUUUUCCCCCGACUGGGUAGGGUUUGGGAGCAAAUGAGUAAUUUAGGGGCAAAUCUGAGGUCUGGUUUUUGUAAUCAUAUUAAAAGGCUUUAGAAUAAAAGAGCAAUAUUUCUUAUUUGCAUAAUGCUAUGAUUCUACUAAAAAACUGCAAAAUGGCAGAAUUUCUGUUCAUGUAGGCUCAGAAAACAACAGAAAGUUCAGGCAUAAGAACAGGGAAUAGCACUUUUCCAAAGGAAAAAAGAAAGAAUUAGACCUCAUUUCAUCUAUUUUAUUUUAAUACCAUCGUAACAAUUUUCCCUUCACCGAUAUAUUCCUAGUAAAUGCUAUAAAAAGGGGAGGGAAGACUAAAGUCUGGGAAAUCCUAAUUUUUUUUUAUGUUUUAAGAAAGAAGAAAGCUGCAUUAUUUUUAUAAAGUAUUUAUUGAAUCAUUGGGUCUUGUGCAUCAAGCAGUUGUAAUAUGACCUGGUUCUGUAGCGUGGAACGUGGGGCAAAUAAAGAGUUGGUUCUUAUUCAAUAUUUUACUUGCAAAACUCCAGGAAAAGAG